UCAUAUAUGGUAUUGUGUUAGCGUCCGGAAACUACAUAGAGUCUAUAAUGGAUACAGAAAGUUUAUAAUGGACGAAUGAAACUUGUGUGGCAUUGUGGGGCAAGUGUAUUGUAGUGAUGGAGUCAGCCUGGAUGACAAUAACAGUGAUCUGCAUCAUAACUUACAACUUCAAAGUAACAGAUUCAGCGUCCACUCGUCUCGCCUGUGAUGGGGAUUAUCUCUCUUUAGCUUGUUCCGACGGUCUUUCGAUACAUAUCCUUGAUGCCAAUUUCGGUCGAACGGAAGUGGCGCCAUGUGCCGGGAACACGUCUGUGACGAACUGUAUGAUGCCGGGCACUCAAGAUAUCAUCAUAGAAUUCUGUGAGACAUCAUAUACCUGUAAGAUCCUGUCAUCAUCUACCGUCUUCGACGAUCCUUGUCCAAACGUUACAAAGUACCUCAAUGUCACAUUCGAGUGUGUAGGGGGGACUACAAAAGAAACCAUCAGAAUACCAGAUCUCACCACAACACCGGAUGUAACGUCUGUUCCUACGCCAUGGAGUGUUAUUAACACAGACAUAUCUCUGCCAGCUACCCAGGAUGCUUCGCAAGGCCAAACAACAUGUUCUUGUGCCGAGUGUUGGAAACAGUCUAGAAAUCAGCUGUCUUCAGUAGAUCUGACAGCUAAUCCAGAGAUAGUAAAGCAACUAACCAAGAAUAUCACCGCGGAAUUGAGGAUAGAUAAAAAGACAUUGUCUUCCACCAAGAGACGGACGACAUCCGUUCGAGACGACAGGAUUAGCGCCACCUUCAUGGGGUACAUAGGCGUCGGAGUUCUGACCGUCGUAUUCGGACUAAUUGUCUUCACUGAUGUCGUCAACAUUGUAAUUCCGUGUGUCCUUGGCCAGCGGACUCUACUAUACGAACGCGACAUCUAGUUAUCAACCUCAUUAUACCCAAUAUAUUCGUCGGUUGGCAAUUGUCAUACAGUGUGUCAUUGGAUUGCUGACUAUUGUCAUACCGUGUGUCCUUGGGAGCUGACUAAUGCCAUACCGUGUGUCCUUGGAGAGCUGGCUGAUGCCAUACAGUGUGUCUUUGGAUUGCUGACUAUUGUCAUGCCGUGUGUCCUUUGGGAGCUGACUAAUGCCAUACCUGUCCUUGGAGAGCUGACUAAUGCCAUACCGUGUGUCCUUGGAGAGCUGACCAAUGCCAUACCUGUCCUUGGAGAGCUGAUUAAUGCCAUACCGUGUGUCCUUUGGGAGCUGACUAAUGCCAUACCGUGUGUCCUUGGAGAGCUGACUAAUGCCAUACCGUGUGUCCUUGGAGAGCUGACCAAUGCCAUACCUGUCCUUGGAGAGCUGACUAAUGCCAUACCGUGUGUCCUUGGAGAGCUGACUAAUGCCAUACCGUGUGUCCUUGGAGAGCUGACUGAUGCCAUACAGUGUGUCUUUGGAUUGCUGACUAUUGUCAUACCGUGUGUCCUCGGGUUGCUGACUAUUGUCAUUGUCAUACAAUAGUGUUUCGAAAAUGUUUGCCUGUAAACUGUGCAAUAUAUUGAAUCUUCAUCCUUUCGAUACUUGUGCAUAAAAAUUGUACCUAGCGCCGCAGGUAUAGGAUCGUAAAAGACAUCUAAGUCUGUAAACAGUAUAUCUCUUCGUCUCGAACGACAUUGACUCACACUUGAUACUUGAGCAACGCGUUCUUCAUGUGCUGAUGGCUAUGGAUUAUGUAACCAUGCCGGUAUAUACCUGUCAAACCUCUCUGAAAAACGACUUAAUAUCCGGCUAGAUGUUUAACGCAAGGACACGUAACUUGCCAAAUCCUUUGUCAGUGGAAGAGUUCAGCAGAGUAAAAUCGAAAUAUAAAAGUUUCGUUACUUUAUUCAAGUAGGCACACUCUAAGACCUAAAUGUGUUCAUGCUAAACUUUCCCCCAAAAGACGCUUUGUUUUGUGUAAAUAUGAACAAUAAAAAUAGGCAUAUUAUCAUAUAUACGAGUGUUUAAAGACUCUUAAAAAGGCCUAAACCUUUUCAGAACGUUCUUGAAGAAUUAAUGUUAGUUUUUUGUAUUUGUUUGUUGUUGUUAUUUUUAUAAGUUUUAGUGUUAAUCAACAAGUGGUUGUAUAUAAGGUGUAUCUAGAGAAUUCAUGAAAGGAGAUGCUUGGAGAAUGUACUUAAAGGAUUUGGUAGUAUAGUACAUUCAGAACUGGUUUACAAUUGUCAAGGAGAGCUAUAUGAAUUAUGUUAGAUUAUUAAUUGCCAUGAGCUGUGAAAUGUUGAAAUAAUUCUUCAUUCUGGAGAAACGGAUGGGGAAGGACUACUCAAGGUCAGCUGUUAUACUAUAAGUAAUUGACAAUGUUGAUUUAAUACACCACCUUGCACACCACUUAAAUACAAUUGUGAAUGAUCUCUGUAACUUGCUUAGCUUUGAAUAUAUCAUAAUAUUGUGUUUUGAACUUAGUCCUGGUUUUCAUCAUUCUGUUAUUAUCACGUAACAAUAUUGUCUUGAGGUAUAAAUAUUUCUGUAUGUUUUUUCAU